GGAACAACCUAUGUAUCUCACUACUCUACAAAUUACACAUCAUCUCUUCCCUGCCCACCCUGAUAAUUUUCCUUUUCAGUUCCAAGUUCCAACCAUAUCGAAAGAAUCAGUCUUUAUUGUUCGUAAUAAUCACCUGUACAUUUCUUCUAUGUUCCAAACCCAUAGAUUUACCGAAAAGGGUUCAGCUUUUUCCCCUGUUUCCUCAACUGGGUCUAAUCCAGAAAUACCCAAAACUGAUUUUUGAGUUGAGCUGGUGGUGAGACGGAGUCAGAGAGGAGGAACUUAGGGUUUCUUUUCUUUUGGGUAUCUCUGUUGUGAUUUUAAACACAGGUUUGUAGCUAUGGAGGCUUAUAAGACAUGGGUUCGGAGGAACAAAGAUUAUGUCCAUUCCUUGGAGUCUCUGGCUAAUGGAAUGACAUGGCUUCUUCCAGAACGAUUUUCUGAAUCAGAAAUAGGACCAGAAGCAGUAACUGCAAUUUUGGGCAUGCUCACCGCUGUUAACGAACAUAUAAUCAGUACAACUCCAACCCAGAUACAUACAGGUUCAGAGCCCCCUUCCUUCCCUUACUCCUUGUGCAUUACUUUGCUAAAAGAUUUGGAAACAUUGGUCGAAGUAGCUGCACAACAUUUCUUUGGUGAGGAUAAAAAGUGGAAUUUUAUUGCUGCUACAGAGGCUACCAAGGCGUUAGUUAGGCUAGCUUUGUUUCGGAACAGUGGAUACAAGAUGCUUUUACAUGGAGGAGAGAUACCUAAUGUUGAAAAGAGUUCAGAGGCUUUAGAUCCUCAACAUAGAUUUGGUCAUUUGUGUAAGCCCAAAGCGCAUCAAGGGCCUGGUAAUUUAAAUAAUUAUCAUGAGAAGAAUCCCUGGAAUCUUGAAGGAAGAGCACUGUCUGCCUUAAGCAGGUUCGGAGAAAAAGCUAAGAUGGUUUCAGAGCCAACAUGGUUGCAGAGAGUUCAACACCAACAUGCAAUCAUGGAGCCUCCACUUACGGUGGUUCAGAGACCCACCCUUUCCAGUAUCUUGGCCGAGAAAGGUCUUUGUGGGGCUUUAUUUGUGAUGGGGGAGGUGAUGUUCAUUACAAGACCACUUAUUUAUGUCCUAUUGAUAAGGAAGUAUGGGAUUCGGUCAUGGUUUCCUUGGUGUAUUUCCCUGGCUAUUGACGUUACUGGAAUGGGCAUCCUUUCGUCUGUUACAAUGUCAAGGCAUGGAAGGAAAGAUCAACAGCUUCAUCUCUCUGACCAAGAAAAGGAUGAGUUGAGAAGGCGGAAGCUGUUGUGGGCACUUUACCUCAUGAGAGACCCAUUCUUUGACAAGUAUACACGGAAAAAACUUGAAAGCACGGAGAGAUUACUAGAACCUGUUCCUAUUAUUGGGAUUCUUACAGCAAAAGUUAUGGAGCUCAUCACAGGAGCUCAAACACGGUACACUUACAUGUCCGGCUCAUGAUAGCGAAAUAUGUUCUUCACCUUUCCAAGUGAAGUAUUUCCCAGCGAAUUGAAGAAAAGGGACACAGAGAUCCGAAAGCAAAAUCGUGCAGAAUAUUGGAGCUUUUGUAAAAGCUGGAUAGACUCCACUUCCGCAGCCAGUUUUUUCCUGCCCCUGCAUGCUUGAUGCUUUUGUUAUUGUUUUUUUUUAAUGUAUUUGCUGUAAACAGCAUGAAUAAUCAAUACCAGUGAGUUCUUGUUACCUGCGACGUAAAAUGUUGUGUAGUGAUGGUAAGGUUUUUGUUUCGGGACCGGUGUGUUCUUUGUACUAGUUUGUUUACGGUUAUGAAUAUAUUUCUCUUUCCUCUGAAAAA